AUGGUCGAAAAUCAAGCAAAUGAUUAUCCAAUAGUCGAGACAAAAUUUGUUUUAUAUGGUAUUCAGGAUAUCAAUUCAGGCUUAAUAACAUAUAUUUGUGCUGUGAAUCCAUCUUGUAAAAGACCAGCAGUUAUUGCACGUUCUAAUUAUCAAAUAUUUCCUCCUACGUAUCCCAUAUAUAACAUGUCCGGUUGGGUUGAAGGUUGCCUUCCUCGUGAUUCUGUUUUCUUGUCAACAUUGCAAUGUUUAUAUGAAGAUGAAUACUGUUUUUUAUUUUUCUUGAGCUAUGUAACACAAACUGUGACUGAUGGACUAUCACACUCAUCACUAUCUCGUUUUAAACCACUCAUUCACGAUCCCACGAGUCAUUAUCUACCCAAUACAACGAUUUCAACGAUUGUUGAUAAAUUGAUGCUUGAAGAUUGGAAUUCGACUUCAUCAUAUGAAAAAUUCUAUGAAUCUUGUGCACCAAUAUAUUGUUCUUAUUCAGAAAGUAUUCGCAAACAUACUUUCCUUGAAAUAAUGAUGAUAUUAGUGUCAAUGAUUGGUGGAAUUGUUUUAUCUUUACGUAUUUUAACACCUUAUCUCGUCAAAUUCACCUUAAGAGUCUUGAGAAUAUUGAAGACAAAAUCAAAUCAAACACAACAAAUUCAACAGAAUCGUGUCAAUCGAUUAAAGGCAUUAAUACAGAGUCUGAUAAAGCUUUUACGUACUACAUUAAUUGAAUUAAACAUAUUUUCAUCAAGAGAUUUCGGGAGUAAUAUUGAUCGAAUAUUAGCAAAACUUUAUGGUCGAUGGGCAACUCGUCUUUACAUCGUCCUAUUCAUUUGCAGUUUAAUUAUUUUGAUCUUCUAUACAAUCAUUCAACCAUAUUCUUUAAAAACAAGUUUUAAACAACCAUCUUUUAUGUAUUAUACUCAAUUGAAAGGAAUGUAUGGUGAUAAAUUCAAAUGUGAUAGAAGGCAAUAUCUACUUAGUGUUCAGCGAAUUGCAUCAACGUAUAAACAAUUUGUUCAAAUCAAACCAAUCUUUCAUUCAAUUUGUUUAAGUAAAUUUGUUUCGAAAGAAUGGCGAGUUAAUCUAACAAAUGGUCUUAUUCCUAAUCUGACUAUAUAUGAACAAAGAGAUUAUCGUCGAUUUCUUUCUACUCAUUUGCAAUAUCUUCAAGGUUUAUGUCAACUUUCUAUACGAACAGUGAAGAAUUUUAUAAAUGAAUUUUUAACAUCAUUAUUAGUCACUGUUGAACUUCUCUCGGAGCAUAAUUUUGAUCAUCAUUUGAAUAUAUCAAUCGAACAAAGUAAAUUAAAUGCACCUGCGCUAUUUUCUCGUCUUCUUUUCUUUACUCAAAGUAUUAUACAUGGAAAUGCUCUUAUGUCAGCUUAUGGGACGAAUUUCAAAUAUAUCAAUAUCAUAGAUGGUUCUAGACAAACUCGUGCACCUACAGAAGCAUUAAUCUAUGUUGAUAAUUGUUCGUGUGGUUUGUCUCCAAAAUUUAUUGAACGAUGGUCAACAGAUAGGAAUUAUUCAUCGUAUUAUGAUCAAUGUUCACCAUUAUCAUGUUCGUAUACAACUAUUGAAAAAUUUAAUAUUUUUAAUAUAUUCACUCUUAUACUUGGUCUACAUGGUGAUUUGACAAUGGUUCUCCGAUGGAUCUGUCCAAAGAUUAUUCAAAUUGGCCUAAAUGUCUAUCAUUAUCGAAAAAGACGAACGGUUACUGUUCAUCCUACGAAUUCAACGGUACAACAUACUACUUGGAAUUGUGUCAAUGAACCAACGAAUAUAACAAUCGGGUCAGUCAAUUAA